AUGCAAGAAAAACCAGCCCCGCCAUUGAGCCUUGAUUCGUCGCACCGCACGUCGAACCCAGAGGCAAAUAUGGUCUGGGCGGAAUGUAGCGGCAAAUCCACAUUUCAAGAUCCAGGCGUUGUCAUCAAUGUUUACGACUUCGGAUCGACAGAUCUUCCCCCACAGAUCUCGUGGAGCAUUUUUCAUGAGGAUCUAUUCAACAAUUACGUCGACCUACUCUUACCACCUAGCCAGCUUUCCGUCAAGCAACCGAUGGACACGGUAGACUUCAAAAGUCUAAUACGACUGAAUCAGCUCGGCGGAAGAGACCGUACUACUCUUGUGUAUACCCCGUCGGACCCCCUGUCUCAGUUUGUGUUUAAAGCAAUCGACUCCAGGACCUUUUUGAACAGCUACGAAAGUGGGCACAUUCGGGAGGAAGUAAAAAUCUACUAUCGAUCAGUGGAGCUGGUCAGCAACAUGCCACGCCAUCCUAACGUCAUGGCCCCUGCGCAGACUCUAGUCACUAUUUGCAAACCUGGCGACGACAGACCAUUUGUGUGUGGCAGUCUCUAUCCAUUUCUCCCAAAUGGCAACCUUGCUGGUCACAUCGAGAAGAACAAUGAAUCUGCUGAGCGAAUACCACUGUCGUGCAAGGCCCAAUGGUGUUAUCAGAUGGCCGCAGCCAUUGCGCAUACCCACUUCGUUGCGCAUACCUACCACAUGGAUAUUAAGCCUGGGAAUUUCCUGCUUGACGUAGAUUACAGUCUUGUGCUUAUAGAUUGGGAGCAAAGCGAUGCCCCCAUUACCACGGCAGCUCCAGAGAUUGAUAACACCUGGGACGUAGAAGAGAUACCAGCAGAGGUCUGA